CGGAUCGUUCGUUUAUAGCGGGCAUAUCAUCAACUUUUCCAUCAUUUGGGCCAGCGUAUUGCUCGAGCUAUUCAACAACUUUGACAAACGAAAACACCAAAAGCUCAUCAAAAUGACUCUCGCCGUCGAUCUAUUGAACCCCUCUGCAGAACAUGAACGCAAACAGCACAAACUCAAGCGUCUUGUACAAUCCCCCAACUCUUAUUUCAUGGACGUAAAGUGCCCAGGGUGCUUUGCUAUUACCACUGUAUUCUCUCAUGCGCAAUCAGUAGUUCUUUGUGGCUCAUGUGCGAGUGUUUUGUGCCAACCUACGGGUGGUAAGGCAAGACUGACCGAGGGUUGCUCAUUCCGCCGGAAGAACUAGAUAUUUACACUCGCACUCUUCAUCUGUCCCCAUAAUACAUUAUUACAAACGGGCGCGCCUCAUGGAUGCCACGUUUUGCAAUUUGCUGACGGCUCAAUGUUAUCUGCGGGAA